AUGUUCAGCUUGCUUCCCUGGCCCUCUACUAUAGGGAAUAAGGUGGAAGAGGUCAAAAUGCUGGCCCCAAAUUGCACAGAUAUCAAUACUCUGCUGCCACUCAAACGCAAACGUUCCGACUCCCACGCGACCGAUGCGCCCGUCCCGACGAAAGUCUGCCCGGAUUCGAUUGCUACGCGCCCAACUCCCGUGAUCGCAACUGAAUCGGUCCUGCCCCCUUCUACUCCAACUGUCUCGUCAAACCCACCGGUCGCAUCCGCGCGUCCGACGGCGCAGGACGCCGUCGUCGCCGGACCUAGUGUGACUCGACUUCGGGAAACCAUCACCGCCCAGCUGAGCUUGGAGGUUUUGCUCAAGCACAACGAACUUCGUCUCAUUGACCAAGAAAUCGCCAAGUGUCAAGUCGCUCUGGAACAGUUGCGACGCUGUGGCGAAAUCCCGUAUCCUGGAUCCCGUGUUGCGGGUGUCUCGCCGGAUGUGAGCUCGGGAACGGGCGCGUCAGUGUUGGCACCUGGAAAUGGUCCGGCGCCGAUGUCGCCUGCGCCGUGGGGAGUCACGGAAGGCCCGUACGCCCGUCACUACGCACGGUGGUUGCUUCCCGAUCCUCGCUUUGACGGAGGUGACGUCGACUCUGGAACGCUGGCAAAUUCGCUGGUUGAAGGUCGGUCGACACGCGGGAAUCCUGGUGAGAUGGGCAUGCUGGCGGGUAAGUCUCGUCCCCAGCGUGGCUCAACGGGCGCGAAGCACACUGCACUGUCGGCUGGUUACCCCGUGGUCAAGGAGAAGUCUGGGCCGAUGCUCAUCCGGCGCAAGUCGGAUGGUGUCCUGGUCAAGCUGGUCUGUCUGGACUGCCGGCGCGAUAACUUCUCCAGCACCCAGGGAUUUAUUAACCACUGUCGCAUCGCACACAACCGCAACUUUGCCAGUCACGACGCGGCUGCCAUGGCCUGUGGUCAGUCUGUUCAGGUGGACGACGCCGGGAUUGUGGUCGGUGGCUCUGCUGAGCCCACUGCCAAUCCAACAACCCCAGGCUACGUGCAUCCUUUGAUCCGCUCUACCCACGUUGCUACAACCCCUUGGAAGUCUCUUCAUACCUCUAAGGACUUGAUCACCCCCCCGGAAACCGACUGCCGUCUCCGUUGCCACUCCUCCCUCGACUGCUGA